AUGAAUCGAAAAGAGCGGCAAAGGCAUGAAUUUGCAUUGCUGAUUACCACAGGUAAAAACCGGUUUGGAGAAAUCUUGAAUUUAUCAAAUCAAGAAUCAAGAAUUUUUAGGCCCAUUUUUGGGGUUUCUCCACAUUUUCGAAAUAUCUUGCCUGGAAUUCCAGAGGAGAACGAAAAAAAUGAUUUGUGUCCGAUUUUCAUUAGAUCAAAAGAUCGGACCUGGUCUUUGGACCCCUUGGAAAACAUUAAAAAAAAACCCCCCUGAAAUAUACGUUUCACUGAUCAAGCUUAUGAUUUGAAUAAGUUCUAAUAUUGAUUAUUUUGUGGCUAAAUUCACAAUCAAUAUUUGAAAAUUUUCAAACUAUAAGCUUGAUCAUUGAAACGUAUAGAUCAGGGGUUUUUUGAAUAUUGUCCGAGGGCAAAGUCCGAUCUAAUAAUUUGUGAGAAAAUCGGACGCAAAAAAUGAUUCAAAAUAUUCCAGGAAUCUACCAUACUUUGGAUCAAUGGACCCGAGUCCUACUUCCAUUUGCCCAAUGGAGUCUUCAACCAUCUCCAAAUCUCGACGAUUUAGCCUAUCUCACAGCUGUCUCGACACUAUUCACAUUUAUCGGUGCAUUAUUUAUGGCUCAAUUUAUCGAAGUUUUCGGCCUUCGAGUCAGCGCAAUCAUCUCAACAUGCAUCACAGCAUUAUAUCAAUUUAUCGUUUGUCAAACCCAUAACUAUUAUGGUUAUUUGAUAAUUCAAAGUCUUUUAAUGUUCAAUAACAUGCAAAUGAUCAUCGAUGCAGCUGUUCUAAAUCUCGAAGGUGAAGAUGGAGACGAUAAAAAACGCUCGCGACUAAUCACAAAAAUCCUAAUCCCUCAAGGAAUUGGCUACGCCCUCGGACCAUACAUCGCUCUCCAAGUUGUAUUUUUCAUGACUCCCUCAUUAGAAACAUCUCAAUUAUUAUGUUCACUUCUAUCAACCGGAACUCUUCUUCCGGUUAUUUGGAAAUAUUUCCCCGAUCAUAAAAACUCGUCAAAAUCAUUGGCUCCAGAUUUCUCCGGAUAUUCUCAAUUGUUGAGUAACGAACGAACCCGCUGGUGUGUUCUUCUUCUAAUGUUGGUUAGUGGACCAUACGCAGCAUACGACAAUAUUAUGCGCAUCUCCUUAGCCGCAACAGCAAUCAGAAAUCCAGGAAGUUUGCACAACUUGGUAAGUAAGAAAUGUGGACUUUAGAGGAUAUGGAUUUCUAUUACAGUUCAUCAUAAUCGGUUUGACAACAAUGCUGGUGAAUAUGUUGAUUCUUCCAAAACUUCAGGCAAUGUUAUCUCCACAAGUUCUCUUGACAGUUGCUUUCAGUCUCUUGACAGUGUCCUAUGUUUAUUUGGCGAUUUUCAGAGCUUACGCUUUUCUGUUGAUUGGAAUGCCAAUCCAGGUGAGGAAUUAGGGAGACGUAGAAAGAAGUAACAAGUUCACGCCGAAAAAAUCGAGUUUCAGUUUUCAGAGGUCUAAACUUUGUCGAAAAAAAUAUAGGGAACUUCUAGAAAAUAUUUUACAAAAAAAUUGAAAGAACGGCCUUAUUUUGGACAUAAAAUCCAGAAAAUACAAUAAGCUCCAGAAACUUUCUAUCCCUAACCACCAAAAAAAUCAACCAACUUCUUCCAGGUCAUCGGUGUAACAAUCGCUUUGGGCGAGAUAUCAUCCCAACUAAUGGGCACAAUCGGUAAAGGCGGUGCCGGAAAAGCCGCCGCACUUAUCCGAAUGUCUCAAUUAUCCGCCGGAUUUUUGGUUCCAUUUCUAACCGGCACCACAUUCCACACUCAAGACAGCACAUUGCUUUGCGCAUUUUGCGCAUUCAUUAGCGCUUCCGCAAUUCCAAUUGUACGACAAUAUGGAACAUUUAUGAAAUUCAAUUCGGCUUCGUUGCCAGGUUUAUUUGUCGGCAAAACAGAGUAA